AUGGCCACCAACGCGGCCCAGCUGGGCGACCGCCCACAGUCAUCAGCAGAGACAGGGAAAAGGCCCUCUCGGACAUGUCUGUCGAGCUCUGGAAAAGCAGUAAGUUUACUCGUCAAUAUCCUCCGGAAGAAGCCUGGAACGACCUUUGGAUUCUCAUACGUGGACACUAGGAGCACGGAGUGGAUUGUUUUGAUCGAUACGGAGCUGUCACUGACAAUGAUGUCGGAUAUAGGAACGACCAAGCCCGCCAUUAAUGGCACCUCCUCUACUACCCCGCAGGCUUCUCAGCCGUUGACCCACUACCAUUCGAAACUAUACAGCUUGUUGAGUUGGGAACGGCCGAGUGCAACAGCUAGCUCCUUUGCAACCGUUGUCCUCUUCAUAGUUGCCAGCCGAUAUCUGCCCCUCAUCCGGUGGACGUUGAAGUUCCUUUACCUCGCUUUGGGAGUGACCGCCUCCGCUGAAGUUGGAGGCCGCCUUCUCUUCUCCCGUGGAUUGACCAGCGCCUCACGUCCACGCAAGUACUAUACUAUUCCAAAGGACACUGUUGAGAGCUUUUUGGAGGACCUCGAGAACCUAGUCGAUUUCUUCCUCAUCGAGUUCCAACGCAUCCUCUUCGUCGAGAACCUGACAUACACAGUUUCCGCAUUUGUUACUGCUCUCAUUUCGUACUGGCUUGUAAUGUUCCUGCCCCUAUGGGGUUUGGCUCUCAUUGCUACCUGCAUUGCCUACUUGGCCCCCCUGGUCUACAUCACCAACAAGGAGUUCAUCGAUAGCCAGCUUGGAAACGCUCAAGAAAUUGUCGCCACUCAAGCGUCGCAUGUGAAGGAGAUGGCUGAAACUCAAACUGCACAGGCCACUGGCAUUGUCAAGCAAUAUGUAGGCGACUAUCGAGCUAAGGCCAAUGGAUACAUCGGAUCGUCUAGCGCUCCCGUACCUGCUAUCACCGCGCCUGAGACUGCAAUUGAGGCGACUCCCAAAGCAGUCCCUGAGACCGUUCACGAAUCUGUUCCUGAAACCGCCGCCAUCGAUGCCUCCGAGCCAGAGGUCCCAAAGACCGAGACACUUGACAAACUCCCCGAUCUGCAGGAAACCCCUGAUUUGCGGGAAGUGGCCCAUGCAGAUUUUCCUGAAGCUCCUAAAGACGAACCCGUUGGCGAAGUCAACGACGCAGACAAAGGUCCAGAACUGAUCCAAAUUGCAUAA